GUCUCCAGCUAGUGCUCAACUACCGCUCCCACACACCCUGUCCCUCAGAUGCAAUAGUCAUUCCUACAACUCCCUGCAGCCUUCUACCCAACACCCUCUCUGCCCUUAACUACAACUCCCUGCAGCCCUGUACCCAACACCCUCUCAACCCUUAACUACAACUCCCAGCAGCCCUGUACCCAACACCCUCUCUGCCCUUAACUACAACUCCCUGCAGCCCUGUACCCAACACCCUCUCAACCCUUAACUACAACUCCCAGCAGCCCUGUACCCAACACCCUCUCUGCCCUUAACUACAACUCCCUGCAGCCCUGUACCCAACACCCUCUCUGCCCUUAACUACAACUCCCUGCAGCCUUCUACCCAACACCCUCUCUGCCCUUAACUACAACUCCCAGCAGCCCUGUACCCAACACCCUCAGCUCUUAACUACAACUCCCAGCAGCCCUGCCUUGUACCCAAUGCCCUCUCAACCCUUAACUACAACUCCCAGCAGCCCUGCCUUGUACCCAACACCCUCAGCUCUUAACUACAACUCCCAGCAGCCCUGUUCCCAACACCCUCUCAGCCCUUAACUACAACCCCCAUUUCACCCUUUAUCUGAUACUGGAGGGGAGGGGUUAGCUUCCCACCUAAGCACCUGCCCAGCCUGUAGUGAGUUGGGGAAACCACUGCCCCAUUUGAAGCCUCUGAGCAUUUUCUUAAUUACAAUUCCCAACACCCACUGUCAGUGGUAGGCUGGAUAUAUUUGCUGUACUGAAGUGGACAAACAAAGAGGCAGAAAUGGCGCUGGUGUCGGCGGAUACGAGAAUCUCGGAGCUACUUAGUGAGUUGCACCAACUCAUCAAACAGACGCAGGAGGAACGGUCGAGGAGUGAGCACAACCUGGUGAAUAUACAGAAGACUCACGAGCGCAUGCAGACUGAGAACAAGAGUGAGUAUGUCUCCCCCUAUUACCGCACCAAACUGCGAGGUCUCUACACCACAGCGAAGGCUGAUGCUGAGGCAGAGUGCAACAUCCUGCGCAGGUCCCUGGAUAAAAUCGCUGAGAUCAAGUCUCUGCUGGAGGAACGGCGCAUCGCUGCCAAGAUAGCCGGCCUCUAUCACGACUCUGAACCCCCUCGCAAAACCAUGAGACGCGGCGUGUUAAUGACUCUGCUGCAGCAAUCCGCCAUGACUCUGCCUCUCUGGAUCGGGAAACCGGGGGACAAGCCUCCCCCUCUCUGUGGCGCCAUCCCAGCGGCCAGCGAUUAUGUGGCCAAACCAGGUGACAAGGUGGCAGCGAGGGUUAAGGCGGUGGAUGGAGAUGAGCAGUGGAUCCUAGCGGAAGUGGUCAGUUACAGCCAUGCGGCUAACAAGUAUGAAGUGGAUGAUAUUGACGAGGAGGGUAAAGAACGUCACACGCUGAGCCGCCGGAGAAUCAUCCCUCUGCCCCAGUGGAAAGCCAACCCUGAGACUGACCCAGAGGCUCUGUUCCAGAAAGAUCAGCUGGUGCUGGCUCUGUACCCCCAGACCACCUGCUUCUACCGGGCACUGAUCCACACUCAUCCACAGCGGCCGCAGGACGACUACUCGGUGCUGUUUGAGGACACCUCCUAUGCUGAUGGAUAUUCUCCCCCUCUGAAUGUCGCCCAGAGGUACGUGGUGGCCUGUAAAGAGCCAAAGAAAAAGUGACGUUUCCAGCGGCCGGAUCAACCAUGGAACACUAGCCCAACAGCGGAUCACUUACUAGCCACACACAACCAGGUGCAACUUAUUCCUAUCAGUGUUGUUACUGUGCUUCUGACUUCACCUGGACUUUAUAUGUCAUUCCAUUCCAAUUAUGGACUUGCACUGCCCAUUCCCAACACUUGCCAAACUUCACUUUUCUUUACCUCCUCCUAUUUUUUUAAAUACAGCAAUAUUUAUAGUUCAGAUAUUAAAGAACCUCAACCAGGAACCAAUGUCCCUCUUAUGAUCCACAAAUUGAGAGGGAGGCAGUUCAAUUCAUGCGAGUAUUGCUCCUCCCCCCAGGGAAUUCCUCUGCAAAUGCAUUAUGGGAACUGAGUUUAGGCAAAUACGAUUGUUUUUGUUUUGUUUUUUUUUUAAGUUUUCUACAAACAAUGAAUUACACAAGAUAAAUACAUUUAUAUGUUUAAAAACAGGAAAAUAAAUAUGUAUUUGGUUGGCAGAAUAAAAUGGGCUUCGUUGCUCAAGGAUAAUAAUGUCA